AAAAAAAAAAAAAAAAAAAGUUUGCAGGUCUCGCUGAAAUCACUUUUCUCCACUUGGUUUCACAUGUCUAUCUUUUUCCCCUCGUCUUGAGGAGGCUUUUGGUUGAAGGAUUGCGGCUGGGAUCGGACUCUCUCUGCGUCUUUUCCCGGCUCUGAUUUCUUUUUUUCCCCCCUGCAGGAAUACUGAGAGAGGGAGAGAGAGAGGGAGAGAGAGAGAGAGAGAGAGAGAGAGGGGGAAAACGGUCUGGCUGCUUGAAGAUUUGUUGCGACACCACCAACCAAAACUUUGGCGACAUGGACGCGCACCGCGGCGCGCCCCCGGCCGGGCAGCAGAUCGUGCACGUCCGCGGGGACUCGCAGACGGAGCUUGAGGCCCUCUUCAGCGCCGUGAUGAACCCGAGCAAGGCGACGCGACAGCCGGCCUCUCUGCCCAUGAGGAUGAGGAAGCUGCCGGACUCGUUCUUCAGGCAGCCGGACUCGCGGGGACACUCCAGACAAGCCAGUUCGGAUGGAGGUGUGUGCGGCUCCCUCACUCCUCAUCACGUCCGCGCCCAUUCCUCCCCUGCCUCCCUCCCUGUCAACUCCCUAUCCACUCAAGCAGCAGAUGUAGCAGCGACACCGAUCAUACCUGAUGAUGUGCCACUCCCCCACGGUUGGGAAAUGGCCAAAACGCCUACUGGCCAACGUUAUUUCCUCAAUCACCUGGAUAAGACAACAACUUGGCACGACCCCCGACUUUCGCAGCUUCAGUCGGCUGCAUCUCAGCAUCCCAUCUCUGGUGCGCCGGUCCAUGCCCACUCCCUCAGCAACCCAGCAUCCACUACGCAACCACAAAACAUCAAUCCAGAUGCAGGUCCACUGCCUGAAGGCUGGGAGCAGGCUGUGACUGCAGAUGGAGAGGUGUACUACAUCGAUCACAUAAAUAAGACCACCGCAUGGUUCGACCCGCGUCUAGCCCAGAAGAUGAACCCUGGCAUCCUUGGCUUGGCGCUGCAGCAAAGGCAGGAAAAGGAAAGGCUCAGAUGCAAACAGCAAGGCCUCCCUCCACAGAUCACACCACAGGAGGCAGGAGGAAGGAACCAGAUGCCCGGAGGGAUGGACCAUGACAGAAACACACAGACACUUGUCCCGUCUCUGGAUGUCAGGAUCAGAGCCCCAAACCAUGAGCCCACACUCAAUGGAGCUCAUUCUCGCAACGAGAGCACCGACAGUGGUCUGAGCGUCAGCAGCUUACCCCGCACAUCUGACCAUAUGUUGAGCUCUGUGGAUCACAUGGACACUGGCGACACUGGCGAGACCUCCUCAAUGACCUUACAGGAGUCGAUGCCUGUGCUCCCAAUGUCUGAGGGUGAGGAGCUAAUGCCCUCCAUCCCGGAGGGUCUCAGUUCAGACCUUCUGAUGGACAUGGAGACCGUUCUCUCUGGGUCGCACAUGGACAGAGACAGCCUGCUCACCUGGCUAUAGACACACACAACCCGGCCACCGCCUUAAAUAUGGUUUGACAUCAAAUCUUCAUAAUGUGACUGAGAAUUCUGGAGAAUUUUUGGCUUCAAAAGUGGUACAAAACAACAUUUACUGAGAGAAUAUGUUACUGUUGUGUGAUGGAUACCUAACACUACUCGCACCCUGAGGAAUGUAAAAACCCUGACUUUCACAGAGGAUGGUAAGCUGCUGGUAUUCUCCUCUUUUGGGUCUGGUUUUACACAGAUUGCAUGACGAAGCAACCAUAUUUUUACAACACUCCUUUCUCUUUAGUCAUGGCCUCAGAUGAUGCUCCCCACGUCACUGGUUAAAUGCUUCAGAGCUAAUUUUAGAGUACAGAUUUAUUUUAUUGUCCCCACAUGGGUAAUACUGUUUGCAGCAAACUUUUAAAAAACACAGUGUCAUGUCAGUGAAGCUUACAUGUAGCGGUCAGAAAAGACGGGUUAGAAUAACAUAAAAGAUGCUCUUAGAGACAAGACAGAAAAAGAAAAUGUAAUAUCUGUAUGAAGUAAAGUUACUUCAUAUGUUCUGUGGAACUGACAUGUAGUGCCACUACCUCUGAGCAGCCUAUAAUUUGUGACUUUAAUGCUCAUAGUCAUCCAAAACAUGUUCUUGACUCAUCAGGACUUCGAGUAAGAGAUGACUCAAAUCAUUUAUCUGGAAACCAAAAAACUGAUCAUAGCUCACACUCAUCAGGGUACAGGAUACACCAGUAGAGGGCCCAGAGCCAGUAAGAGGGUGAAGAACACUAACAAGAGUCCUGAUGGUCAGUUAAAAUGCUUACACGCCGAAAAACAGUAUUAAAACCUGUCUGUGUGGAAGACUGUGGGGCUGCUCCAAACCAAGUUUCUAAUAUGUUUGAGGGUUUUUGAAAAUUAAGUUAAGGAGGAUCACAGUGAAGACCUCAUUCCUGACAAAUCAAAGCCGGGCAAAAGCAUUCACAUUCAGAGAAACAAAGGCUACAGCAGAGCGCCACUAUGUAGAGUAGUCUUAACUUUGGGCUCUAAAACUACAAAAAUGUAUUUUUUUAAUAUACAGAGGAUGUCUGCAGUGAAUGAACACAUGUACAGUAUAAUGCAAUCCAACACAAUACUAGAUUUUCCCAAGGAAAGGCCUGAACUAUAACCACACCAGAUAUAUGAAACAGCAUCUCUGUUUUUCCCUUUAUUUUUAUAAAAGUGUGUUUAUUUUUUUUUACAACAUUAGCACACCUCAAACACUGCAGGAAACCCUGCAGGAGUUUCACUAUAAAGUCACCUUGUAUGAACUUACUAAUAUUCAGGUUCUGUUCAUAUUUAGUUUGAGUUUUUAUUGCAUUGGAUUGCAUUUUAUUGUAAAGUGUUGCAAUCAUUCUGUUCACUCCAGAAUUGAAUAUAAGCUUCACAAAGGUAGUAUUUAUUGGACAUUUGCUUUAUCGGAUUGCAUUAUAUUGUACAGUUGUAAUGUUAUUAUGUCUACCCCUUGUUCAAGAAAUGAUGCCAUGCAUUUGCCAUCAGGGCGUGGAUGGUUUCUCUCCUUAUAGUGUGCAGCAGAGAUUUUAGCACUUUCUACUCAUCAACGCUAAUACAGCUCUCAGCGGCUCUGAAACAUAAAUGAGAAAUAUUCAGUUAAUCAACUUUGAGAUUGAGAUGUGUUACUCUUUUUUUUUCUCACCUUUCCCAAUAUUGGCUUGAUGCAUUCCUAAUAAUUUACUUCCUCACAUCUAUUCAUUCAGUUGCAUCAGAGUUUUUUCCCCUCAGCGUCCCCAAGCUUUAAACCUACAAAUCACUUUUGCUGACCAUUUUGAAAUCCAAAUUUAGCUUUUCGUGUGUACUUUUCAGCCAUCCAUUGUUUUCUAUUCAUUUCCAAAAUGAAUGAGCAGACUGUUGAAACUUAUCUAUAAUCACUCACUGUGAACAAUCUUAUAUAAUUGUGGCGUUUUAAUGCAAUUUAUGUGCGGGCUGAUUUUUAACAGUCGACACUGCAAUGACAAUGUAACACUACUACAAAAUAAUGCACACUUGGUGUUCACUGUGAUGAAUUGUUUCUUACUUUGAGAAUCCGCACACAGCAGAUUCCAGACCAGAGCUUUAAUGCAUCAAAAUGAUAACAACGUUUAGACCUUUAAUUAAAACUUUAUUCCCUUCAUCAGUGUUGUGCCUUUUAAAUAAUCAUAGAUAUAAUGUACAAAAGAUUAAAGAACAGCUGUAAAUACUUUACAGUGUCACAAAAUUAAAAAAAAUCUCUACAAGGUGCAAUCCUACAUUUUAACCCAUUAUUGUGUAGAAAGCUUGAAAAUCCAUUUUUCUAUAAAACAAACAAAUUCUGUAUUUUUCUAAUUCAAAACACAGUAAACUCAAAUCUUUUCAAAUCUCUUAAUAUUUAUGAAUAACUAAUUCCAAAGUCUGCAGUAAUUCAUUGCUCAACAGAGGCAAGUUUCAUGAUCCCGCUAAUAGAUUUUCAUAUGUAUAGAUGUAUUAAAGUAGAGAGCAGUGGAGAAAACACAUUGACGUUCCUAAAGCAGAGCAGCAUGGUUUGCAGAAUUUGUUGUAAAUAGACUAAAACGUGCAAAAUCACUGUUAUAAUCAUUUAUACAUAAUCCUCCUCAGUGCCAUUAUGAUAUUAGUUUGCUACCACUCUGUAGAGUUAUCAUUUCCUCUGUUCUUGGCUCCAGGUUUCACUCCUAAAGAGCUGAGUACUAGCAACAGACUAAUUGCGGAUGCUGUGUUCUUGGUGUAUUUUGUUUUUAACUGCAAGUGCUAUCUGGUGCAUACAGAAGCCAAUCAGCAAUAAGGGGAGCUCAUUAACUCUCCGUGUUUAGUUAAACUAUAUAAUAAGUAUAUCAUCUGUUUUGUUUUGUUUUUUAUCUGCUGGGUUGUUUCUGCAGUGUGUUAAUUAUUGGUGACCAGCUUCAUUUUUAGAUUCUACAGUAUAUGGAAAUAGGUGAAGACCUCUAUCACAACAUCCCCAAAUAAAGGGCCAAGUCAUCUAAUCAUUUCUAAAUUAAAUUACCAUGGUCCUGGAGCGACUUCUGUUCAUACACAUAAUGCAACACACUACCUAGCCUAUUAUUUAUCUUAGCAUGCGUGACACUUGCUAUGUAUGUUACAUAUAAUGAUGUUUAUUAUCCUAUUUCCUAUUUACAGAGAGUUUGGAGGCAAUCAGACUUGUUUUGUACCUUUUUUUUAUGCAUGUGCUUUAUAUAAAUAUACUUCUUACUCUCACUGUAAUCAUUUUAAAGGAGUUUCUGUUUUAAUAAACUUUUAAAUACACCU